CUCUAGACUCUAGCCUAGGGUGGGCUCAAGCACGCGGCCAUGGCGAUCUCGCGCCGCCUCCUCCUCUCCCUCUUCCUCCUCCGCGCAUUCUCCUCGCUUCCCGCUCAGGCCGCAGCGAGAGGCGCCUCCCAUCCCUCAGAGCUCGAUUCGUCCGCGUGGAAUCUGUAUGUUCGAUUUCUCAGCUGGGGAGCUCGGGAGGACACGAAUCCACUGCUUCACUUCCGGAUUUGUGGGGGCGAUGUCUGUGCCUGGACAAUUUUGGUACAAGUGACUUCCGGAUUGGGGACGAUGAUGUCAGUGCGUGGACAGUGAUGAAGAGCACAAACUCUUCGAGUGCAAUAUGAGGGUGUAGUUGUGUGGAAGAUUGCGUCAUGUACUUAGCUUGGAUAAUUACUGUGAUGAACUCGCACACCUCUGUCCUUUUCUGCGAAGAAUUUUAGCUAGACUGGGAGUUGUGACUUUAGGCCUGCAUCAUCGUCUCAUCUUAUAGAAUCAUUGUCAAUAGACGUAGCAGAUCUGUUCAUAGGUAUGCAGUUAGUGACUCAAUCUAUAUGUUUCUUAACCAGGUACCAGCGGAAAUUAUGGGUCAUUUUUGCGCAACCUGCUUCAGGAUAAUCCCAUGAUAACGGAGGAAUUGGUCCGUGGAUAUAUGAGCAACUCGGAACUUGAGAUUGCUGUGCAUGCCAUUGGAAGCCGCUAUCCUAAUAUCUCCAGGAUAUACAGGGAUUGCACGAUCAUGUUAUCAGCAUUGGAAAGAGUGUGAAUGGUGUCACAUUGUGGGUGAUUGAAAUAUCAGACAAGCCUGGGCAAAAGGAAGCUGAACCAGCAUUCAAGUGUUUUGUAGGCACCUUUGACAGAAAAUUAUAUUCACACAUGUGGAAUAUCUUCAAUGUCAAUUAUGUUGGUAAUGUCCAUGGUGAUGAACCUGUUGGAAGGGAGGUUCUUAUAAAGCUUGCAAAUUGGCUGUGUGAUAACUAUUUGAAGGAUCCCUUGGCAACUCUUAUUGUGAAAAACAUGCAUCUUCAUAUACUUCCAACGAUGAACCCUGAUGGAUUUGCUCUUAGAAGACGUGGUAAUGCAAACAAUGUUGACCUCAACAGAGAUUUUCCUGACCAAUUUUUCACCAACAACGAUGAAAUUAACUACAGACAACCUGAAACUAGAGCUAUUAUGAACUGGGUAAAACAAGAACACUUCACUGCCUCCGCUAGUUUGCAUGGGGGUGCUCUUGUUGCAAAUUAUCCAUGGGAUGGGUCUAGAGAUCAAAGCAAACAGUAUUAUGGAUGUCCUGAUGAUAAGACAUUCCGGUACAUGGCAUCAGUUUAUAGUCAAUCGCACUAUAACAUGUCUUUGAGCAAAGAAUUUAAAGGAGGGAUUACAAAUGGAGCAUUCUGGUAUCCAAUCUAUGGUGGGAUGCAAGACUGGAACUAUAUACAUGGAGGUUGCUUUGAGUUAACCCUGGAAAUUAGUGACGUAAAAUGGCCAAAGGCAGCUGAGCUUCCUGUCAUAUGGGAACAGAAUAGGAUGAGUAUGCUUAAUCUUGCUGCAAGCCUUGUGAAGACGGGAGUUCAUGGAAGGAUAUUUGCGGCAGAUACAGGUCAUCCUAUACCAGGCUCCCUGACGAUAAAGGGUAUCGGUUCUGAGAUAAGGGCUAGCAGGACUUAUGGCGAUUACCAUCGAAUGCUUGCACCUGGUGAGAACUAUGAAGUCAUGGCAUCUAUGGAGGGCUUCCGAACAAAAGCUACACGUAUUGUGGUGGAGGAGAAGGCUGUGAGCUUGGACUUCAUCUUAGAUCGAGAUGGAGCUAAUGGACAAGUGGUCCGUAAUGACUUAGGUUGCCCAUGUGACGACGACAAGUUGUUUCAUGUGCAGGGAGCUCGCCUCGAGCUGUAUCUAUUUGUUUUGCUCAUUAUCAUCGCACUGUAUGUUCUCUUCAAGAGAAAAACAACAUCGAAAUUCACGAUUCACAGACAUUCACCGAAACGGCCAAUUGCUGUAUAAGAUUUAGAAAAUUUUGCGAGUCGAUACAAAUCUGUAGCUGACCCAAUAGUGAUGUAAUUUCUUCAGUCCAAUGUAACUUCAGUUUGUACUGCUACAACAUUUUGAGCUUAAUUAAUACUCCCUCUUUCCCUAAA